GCUAACAGCCUCCGCUCACAUAGAGAGUCCUUUAUCUCCCCUACAUUACUGCCUGAGCACCAACCAACAUAGCAGAGGCCCAUAGGAAGAGCCCGGGCCCUCUUACCAAUUCUGACAGGGGGGAGAGGCGGGUUGGCAGAGGAUCCCAGUAAGGCUGGCAUGGUGGAUGGGAGGCUGGCAGCUGGAGAGGGAUCCUCACAACGCCCUGCGAGAUCCUGGGGAUGGUCACUCACUCAGACAUCAGCUGUGCGGACACCACUGGGCUACCAGGUGGACAAUUGAACACAAUGCUGGAUACUAUGGAGGUACCAAGUCAUUCGAGACAACUUCUCCUGCAGCUGAACAGCCAGCGGACUAAAGGCUUCCUGUGUGAUGUGAUCAUUGUGGUACAGAAUGCCCUGUUCAGGGCACACAAGAACAUUUUAGCUGCUAGUAGCGUCUACUUGAAGUCCUUGGUUGUCCAUGAUAACUUAAUCAACCUAGACCACGAGAUGGUCAGUCCCAGCAUUUUCAGGAUUGUCCUGGACUUCAUUUAUACAGGGAGACUUGGGGAUGCAGAACCAACCAGUGAACAGCUCUUUGGGGCUGUGCUGGCAGCUGCCAGCUACCUCCAGAUCUCUGAUCUAGUGUCUCUAUGCAAGAAGAAGCUGAAGAGAAAUGGGAAGUACUGUCAUGUAAGGACAGCUGGCUACCCAGGUUAUGGGAGCCUUGGAAGGGGUUUAAGAGCAACAACUCCUGUCAUUCAGUCAUGCUUCUCUUCAAAUACAAGACCAGUAGACAUACCAGCAGGGGAGCCUGUGAAUGCCAUAAAUACGCACUGUGGAGAGCUCUAUGCUUCAGUAUCUCAGGGGAAUCAGUUGCACCAGCAUGGACUUUGCCCGCCAGAAAGGCAUUGCUCUCCUCUGUGUGGACUGGAUCUUUCUAAGAAAAGCCCAAGCCGCCCUUCUGCUCAGCACCACUCGGAUGGACUCAGCGCAGGAGAUAGCAGGGAGCCCUCUAUUCCUGGAAGAAAGGACAGCCCUCCAGUAAGUGCCAGUGUCCUUACCAACUCUAGCUCUUAUAAAGACCAAAGCCAUGCCUACCAGAAGCUGGACAGCAGUGGCGCAUCACCACUUCCACACCCAGAGCCAUUCAGAAACAGUAUUUCCAGUAUGCCCCAUAGGGAUCUGAUGUUUGAAUGGAUGAAGCCUGAGCCAAUGGGAAACUAUGUGGAUGAAAGUGACAGAGAAAAGGACUUGGACAGAGAGGAGAAGGGUGAGAGUUCCCCUUUAUCUCAGCAGCCCAGAUAUCCCAGCUUCGAAAGUAAUGAGCCAGAUGAUGAUAAAAGUACCAGCGAAGACACUGGGAGCAGCGGUGACCCAUCUCCCUCUGCUAACCUAGAAAGAUACCACUGCAACCAUCCAUAUGAGCCUGAGAGCUAUGGGGACAAUCUGUAUGUCUGCAUUCCUUGUGGGAAAGGUUUCCCCAGCAGUGAGCAACUCAAUGCCCAUGUGGAGGCACACAAUGAGGAGGAGUUGUACCACAAGGAUAGCAUGGACCCACCAGUCCCAUUCCUAGACAAGUCUAGCCAAAGUUUAGGAGACAUCAUCCGGCCCUAUCGGUGUUCUUCCUGUGAUAAAUCUUACAAAGACCCAGCCACCCUACGCCAGCAUGAGAAGACUCAUUGGCUCACUCGCCCUUACCCAUGUAGCAUUUGUGGGAAGAAGUUCACACAGAGGGGCACAAUGACACGUCACAUGAGAAGUCAUCUAGGACUCAAACCAUUUGCUUGUGAUGCCUGUGGCAUGCGCUUCACCCGUCAGUACCGUCUAACAGAGCACAUGAGAAUCCAUUCUGGGGAGAAGCCCUAUGAAUGCCAGGUGUGCGGGGGUAAGUUUGCUCAGCAGAGAAAUCUCAUCAGCCACAUGAAGAUGCACAGCACUGGACCAGAUGGGAAGCCCAAGCUGGACUUUUCUGACAGUGUCUAUGCCAUGGCCAAAUUCACUGCAGAUCACCUGGGCUUGAAGCAAGAGAAGGCUGCUGAAAUCCUUUCCCAGACCUCACACUUCCUCAAUGACCCCAAAACUAUAGAGAGCCUUUACCCUUUGGCCAAAUUCACUGCAGAGCAUUUGGGACUAACCCAAGACAAAGCAGUUGAGGUACUGACCCAGAGUCAGCAUCUAGGAAGCGAUAGACUCAUUGAGAGGUUCUCUUCACCUUAGCAGCAUCCUUUAAUUCAGAACCAAAAAUGUGAGAACCACAAGGGACUAUACAGACAUUAUAUGACCAUAGAGCCCACUCUGCAAAUUCCUCACUUCUCUGUAGAUUCUGGGCCUCCACCAGCCGAGAGCCAAAGACAAACUGAGCAAGUGAAUCCCUGGGAGACCAGGAGGACAAGCACACUUUGGCAAAGCACUUUCAGAGGGACUUGUGCAAAGGCCCUGGUGCACUAUCCCACAGCAGAAGUGAGUCCAUAUAUAUAUCUAUAUCCCUCCACCAUGUACUCAGCCUUUCUUCUGCCCAAAGGUAGUGGGGAGAGUUGCUGCUUAUUGUUUCAUGAAUGGUGGGCAUUUAUGUAUAUUAUUGUUUUGAUGGGGUUUUCUUGUAUUGCAAGGACAAUCAGAUGCAGAAAUCAGUAUUUCCCAAACAUAACUAUGCAAUGUUGCAUGCCCUGUAAUUAUGUGAAGGUUGGGUGCCAGGUGCUCCAUUUAACACAGAGCAGACUCCUGACAUAGAAUGUCACUCCUCACGCAACAUGCGUAAAAGGUGACCUUGACUUAAACCUAAACUAGAGACAAUGAAUUGGGGAGAUAAUGUGAACAUGAUGCACUUAUUCUGUUCCUGGACUUUAUGAGUCUGAACAUUUCUUAUUAACCCUAUGCAAUGCGGUAGCACAAAAAGGCAUUGCCAGCAACUGGGAAAUGGUUUCCUAGUUAAAAAAAAAAAAAAAUUGUUAUGCAGUGGCAAGUAUAUACUGAUGGUUAUGCAGUGGCAAGUAUAUACUGAUGGUUAUGCAGUGCCAAGUAUAUACUGAUGGUUAUGUAGUGCCAAGUACAUACUGAUGGUUAUGCAGUGCCAAGUAUAUACCGAACACAUCUUACAACAUUUCUUAAGAAUAAUCAUGACUCAGUAGCCAGUUUGCUCAUCAAGCUUAACGCCUUCACUGAGCCACAACAAAGCAUUCCCAGUUAUGAGCUAAUCAUCCCCAAUUUACUGUCCCUGGAAGUCACGCAACUGGUAGCUAAUGUGUGCCAAAGAGACACUCCUGAUGUUCCACAUUGUAGCACUUUGAUCCUGAUGUGGGCAGUACCAAAAAUGCAAAAAAUAAAUCUAAAGUGCCUAGUACCUAAAUGUGCAGCACAGUGCAGAGGGUGUUACCUGCAGGUGGGAAGGGGGUGCUGUGUUUGCCUCGGGUCUGCUCAUACUCAGUACAUAUUGUAGACAUCAGCUAUGGGUGUAUGUUCCCAGAAGCGUCCCUUUCCAGUCAUUAUUGUCCAAAUAUUCCUCACCCCCAACUUUGCAGGGGCAAAAGCACCAAAUGUCUGGAGGUAUGAUGAAAGAGCUGGUGUGAUGUGGGAAUACUGAUUUGUGCUGUCUGCACAGUGUAUUAUAUGAAUAUUUUUGUAUUAUAUUGAACAAAUGAGGUCCCCUGUACCCACCAUGGUGUGUGGACACUAUUGUGCCUUAGCCAUUAUACCACUUAAUGCCCAUUAGGGCAUGUUGUUAACUGUUUCUUGUGCUAUGAGCAGCAGGCCUCUGGAUCAGUAGAGGUUAAAUGCUGUUGCAGUUCUUUACCGCAAUAAGCUCAGGUUUCAGGAAUAAGAAGCUGAGCAUCUAUGCUUUAUUACACUUAAACAGGAGCUGGCAAGUGCAAUCCCCUAUUGCCUCCAUAACCCAAUGCCACACCAAAGAUAUUACAUUGGAUCACUGUCAAUGAGCAGAACCAAACCAACUCCUACCUUCAUUAUAGCGUGCUCUAUGCUGAGACCAAAGUCUGCCUAAGGAGCCAACACAAAAACCACUUAUGAGAGGGGGCCAAGAGCUGUUUAUGUGUUAAUGUAAAAUAUGCUGACUAUAGAUAGGCAAUCAUCCAGCAUAAAGGGAUGUACCAACUGUGACAAUAUGAGUACCUGCAUAGCCUGCCCACUCUUCAGUCAGGGGUAAAGAACUUAGAGUACUAUCUACAAGCACAAUGAUGGGAUUGUUGUCCCGGAGUUACUGAUUGUCAGCUCCUGGUGAAACAUCAGGACUAGAAAAGGAGUUGUUUUCACAGGUCAUGUGAGGUUUAAUGACACAAAUCAGGAAACGUUUUCCUUGUGUUCUAUGCAGUUUCUCUUCCUCAUGGCAAAUAUAUUGAUGAAAGGGGACCAUGUCGCACCCCCUUCACCAAUCACACAAGCUAAACUGUAUACUGGUAAUGAGCAGAGACCAUAUAAAAACACCAGAACAUAUUGGAUUGUUGCUGUUCUUGAUGAAAUAAACAUUUGAAUGAAA